AUGGCAAAGUCUAAGAAUGCUUCCCAGCAUCACAAUAAUAGAAAAGAUCAUAGAAAUGGUAUUCACAAAGUAAAAAGGAAAUACACCCAAGAUAUGAAAGGGGUUGAUCAAAAGUUCAAAUUGAACUUAAAAUUCUCCAGGAAGAAUAAAAAUCCCUCAAACAGACAAAUAAAGAAAUUACAAGCAAGAAAAGAUAACUGGAAUUUAGCUCGAGGCAUGCCACAAGAACCUAUUGUUCUAAAUAGACAAGUUAUGGAAAGAAAAGCUCUUCUUGCCACCAGACAAGGGCGAGCAAAAUUAUUGAAAUAA